AUGUCGGCGACCUCUCUCCAAUCACUCGCCAGUUCCUACUCUCCCUUCUCGUCUCGACCGCAACCCAAUCGAAUGUCCCAAUCUCAGACCCCCGGCUUGGAUACUCUCGCAGAGGGAUCGCAGUAUGCGCUUGAGCAGCUGCAACUAGCCCGGCAAGCCGGCGCGUCGUCCAAUCCGCCGACCGAUCCCGAAAGCAAACCACUCGAUUAUUCCGAAGCGCUACAUUUGCAACCCUACGGCGAUCAAAAUAGCGCCCCAGCCAGCGAAAAAUCGUCCUUACAGCCUCGCGAUGCCUUAGCUGAAGCUCGAUCGGCUAUUCGCAAGAAUUCAAACGCUACUCCCGUUCGGAGGAGGAUUAGCCGGGCUUGCGACCAAUGUAAUCAGUUGCGGACCAAAUGCGACGGACAGCAGCCUUGCGCACACUGUAUCGAAUUCGGACUCAGCUGUGAGUAUGCGCGUGAGCGAAAAAAGCGGGGCAAGGCCUCCAAGAAAGAUAUUGCAGCAGCCGCGGCCGCUGCAACGUCCAAUGGUGAUACCCUCGUGAAGGAUGGGUCCGCGCAGGGGAAUUCUCCAAAUGGACAUGCAACGCAUCAGGUUAAUGACCCCUAUGAUUCUGCCUUUGAUACUGGUCGUCCGGCCCCGGAGUCAACACAGACGCAGCUACGCAAUCCCAGUGUUCCUGGCUUAGGUAGGAUGCAGCAAACCCCGCAUACCCAGCAACCAGUGGGCACCAGCAUCGAUGACAUCUCUCUCAACUAUGGGAAUAUACCGGAAUCUAAUCGACCACCCAUUUCUGUCCCUGAUCUCCGCUCGUUGCAAAUGAUGCACCAGAAUGGAAAUCCCCGCUCGCCAUCCGCAAUGCUUCACUCUCAGGGAUUUGGGUCAGGGUAUCAUGAUGGCGGGACUUAUCCAUUGAUGCAUUCGCAGGAGGCAAAUUCGACAUCAAUGAAUCAGUUUCGCCUUGGAGGGUCAACAGAAAAUCCAUCUGCUUCGUUUUUAGGGUUUUCUCCACCAGCACAAUCGCCCAGCUGGCUUCCACUCCCGUCUCCAUCUCCUGCAAACUUUCCCUCGUUCAGCAUGGCCCCGUUCUCGAGUUCACUAAGAUACCCUGUCUUGCAACCGGUUCUUCCCCACAUCGCCUCUAUCAUACCCCAAUCCUUAGCCUGCGACCUUUUGGAUGUUUACUUCACAAGCUCCUCCUCGUCACAUCUUUCUCCCUUAUCACCUUAUGUCGUUGGCUUCGUAUUCCGCAAGCAAUCAUUCCUCCAUCCAACCAAGCCUAGGGUUUGUAGCCCUGGCCUUUUGGCCAGUAUGCUGUGGGUAGCGGCACAGACAAGCGAAGCCGCAUUCUUAACAUCGCCUCCAUCGGCACGUGGACGUGUUUGUCAGAAGCUCUUGGAGCUCACGAUCGGCUUGCUGCGACCAUUGAUUCAUGGGCCCGCUACCGGCGAAGCAUCCCCCAACUAUGCUGCCAAUAUGGUAAUCAAUGGCGUGGCCUUGGGAGGAUUCGGCGUCUCAAUGGAUCAGCUAGGUGCCCAAAGCAGCGCAACUUGUGCCGUGGAUGACGUUGCUACCUAUGUGCACUUGGCAACAGUCGUUUCGGCGAGCGAGUAUAAAGCAGCGAGUAUGCGCUGGUGGACUUCCGCUUGGUCACUUGCGCGCGAGCUCAAACUUGGUCGAGAGUUACCACCAAACGCAACGAAUCGUCAAGAUGGGGACUUGGAGGGUGACUCGGAGUUGGAUUUGAAUGGCAAGAGACAAUCAUCAUCGUUGUUGAACUCCAUGGGCCACGGACCGGGAAGCUCUUCGGUCAACCUUACAGAAGAAGAGCGUGAAGAACGCCGCCGUAUUUGGUGGCUGCUAUAUGUUAUGGAUCGGCAUUUGGCACUUUGCUAUAACCGACCACUGACGCUGCUGGAUAAGGAAUGUGAGAGUCUGCUGCAGCCAAUGAAUGAUGAUCUUUGGCAAGCGGGUGAUUUCUCUGCCGCUGGCUACCGACGAUCAGGCCCUGCUUUCGAAUGUACGAGUCACAGUACGUUUGGUUACUUUCUACCCUUGAUGUCCAUUCUUGGCGAAAUUGUGGACUUGCACCAUGCCCGCAAUCAUCCUCGGUUUGGCCUUCAUUUCCGCAAUAGUGGGGAGUGGGAAAGACAGGCAAUGGAAAUUACUCGACAGCUAGACGUCUAUGCGCAAAGUCUCAAAGAAUUUGAAGCUCGCUAUACCAGCUCGCUUGCUCUUGGGGGAGGUGACAACGACACAGCAAUGGAGGGUGCUCAUCCCAACCAUGUCAGUCCCUCUGGGCGCUCAAAUAGUAGCACUGUCGGUUCACAUGUUAGCGAGUCAAUCGUGCAUACCAAGAUGGUAGUGGCGUAUGGCACACAUAUCAUGCAUGUUCUUCAUAUCCUGCUUGCCGACAAAUGGGAUCCAAUCGAUCUUCUUGAUGACAACGACCUCUGGAUCUCAUCUGAUUCGUUUAUCACAGCUAUGGGCCACGCUGUGAGCGCUGCAGAGGCUGCAGCCGACAUUCUUGAGUAUGACCCAGAUCUAAGCUUUAUGCCGUUCUUCUUUGGAAUCUAUCUUUUGCAAGGUAGCUUUCUGCUGCUUUUGACUGCCGACAAGCUGCAAGGCGACGCUAGCCCCAACGUUGUCCGGGCUUGUGAGACUAUUGUACGUGCACACGAAGCUUGUGUCGUGACGCUAAAUACAGAAUAUCAGAGAACAUUCCGAAAGGUAAUGCGCUCGGCACUUGCCCAGGUCCGAGGGCGGGUACCUGAGGAUUUUGGUGAACAGCAACAGCGCCGGCGCGAAGUCCUUGCCGUCUACCGCUGGAGUGGAGAUGGUAGUGGUCUCGCUCUAUGA